AUGAAGAUUCCAGAUAUUACUGCUCCAUCUACUAGUAAGCUAUACUUUUUAAAGGAGGUAUAUUAUGGUUUUAGACCAAAUGCCCCACAAUUUAAACCAGAACACUAUCCAGAUUUAACUGGUAAGACUGCAAUUGUUACUGGUUGCAACACUGGCAUUGGGAAAUAUGUUUUAGGAUUAUUAUAUCAAAAAAAUUGUCGUGUCAUUGGUGUUGUACGGACAAAAGAAAAGGGGGAACAAGCUAAAAAUGAAAUAAUAACAGCUAAUCCAGACUCAAAAGGUACAAUUGAUAUUGUUGGUGGAUGUGACUUCUUAGAUUUUGAAAAAGUUAACAUUGCCGGAAAAAGGAUUGGUGAGUUAUUAGAUAAACCAGGUAGUGGCCCAUUAAACAUUGUUAUCCACAAUGCCGGAUUAACCUGGCUAGUGGCACCAAAUAGUCCAAAAUCUUCUGUACAAAAUUAUGAAGCCAUGUAUCAAACAAAUGUGUUGGGUCCACAACUAUUACAACAUUUUAUUGAUCCAUAUUUGUUAAAGGAAGAUGAUGUUUCGUUAAAAAGAUUAGUAUGGGUGAGUUCUGCUGCCCAUUUUUUCACUCCAGAACCUUAUGGAAUUUAUUGGGAAGAUCCAGGUUUCAAAGAUACUCCAUCAGAACAACGUCCAAAGGGAAUGAAUUUGUAUGGUCAAUCAAAGACAUAUAAUAUUUAUCAAGCUCAAGCGUGGUAUGACAUUCACAAGGAACAAGCUGAUAAGAUUGGCUGUGUUUCUGUUUCCUGUUACCCAGGCAAUCUAAGUACUGACAUGUCAAGAGCAUGGUGGCCUCCUUUCGUCACUGCUGCCAAGCUAGUUGUGUGGGAUGGUGUCUAUGGUGCUUAUUCUGAAUUGUAUUGUGCAUUAUCACCUACUUUAACAUCGAAGGAAUCAGGUUCAUAUAUUGUACCAUUUGGUGAGAUCCAUGACCCAAGAGAAGACGUGAAGGCAGGGUUGACCAAUGGUAUUGCAACGCAAAUCUGGGAAUUCUGUGAAGAUCAAAUCUCAGAAUACUUGCCAUAA